AUGAACCCCUGGAAUCACACAAGUGAGGCUGACUUCAUGCUGAUGGGACUGACAGACUCCAGGGAGAUCCAGCUGGUCCUCUCUGUGCUGUUUCUCCUGAUAUACCUGGUCACUGUGCUGGGGAACAUUAGCAUGAUACUGAUCAUCCAUCUAGAUGCCCAGCUUCACACUCCAAUGUAUUUCUUCCUUACCCACCUGUCAUUCCUUGACCUCAGCUACUCCACCACCAUCACACCUAAAACCUUACAGAAUCUGCUGACUUCAUUCAAGAACAUUUCUUUCAUGGGGUGCUUCGUCCAAUUGUACUUUUUUGUCCUCUUGGCAGCUGCUGAGUGCUUUAUCCUCUUGUCAAUGGCCUAUGACCGCUAUGUAGCUAUCUGUGACCCCCUACAGUAUCCAGUUAUUAUGUCCGCAAGACGCUCCCAUGCUCUCAUCACUGUGUCCUAUUUGAUUGGAGCUAUGGAUUCUUCUGUCACUGUCUUUUGCUUAAGCACACUGAAUUUCUGCAACUCCAAGGUAAUUCAUCAUUUCUUUUGUGACACAUUCCCAAUUUUAGCCCUGUCCUGCAGUGAUACCUAUGAUGCUGAAGCUACUAUAUUCAUCUUAGCUGGUUCUACUCUUCUUCUAUCCCUUAUCACAAUAUCCUCAUCCUAUGUGUUCAUUCUCUCUACAAUUUUGAAGAUAAAUUCUUCUUCAGGUAAGCAAAAAGCCUUCUCCACUUGUGCUUCACAUCUUAUGGGAGUUACUGUGUUUUAUGGUACUAUGAUCUUCACUUACUUGAAACCAAGUACUUCCUACUCCUUGGGAAAGGACCAAGUGGCUUCUGUGUUCUAUACCAUUGUGAUCCCCAUGCUGAACCCACUCAUUUAUAGUCUCAGAAACAAAGAAGUGAAAAGGGCUGUAAUUAGGGUUGUGAAGAAAUGGGAGGGCCUCCAGAAAUUAAAAUAA